AUGUACUGUGAGAAUGGAAGCAGUGUUCUCACUUUUGAUGAUACUGGUUUGGGGAAAAUGUACAAUUCUCCCAUUGCUGCCGGUGAAUGUGACCCAACUACUCGUCAAGUAACUAUGCUUAUCCAAGACCCAUCCGAGAAUGAAUUCACGUUCACUCAACUUCUGGGGACUUGUCUUGUAAAAGAGAAAUGUGAAUGCACUGCUAUUGCUCUGGAUAGUUUGAAUAUUGGUGGUUUUAUUGACUCUACUAGUCCAUUCUACUCUCAAAUGACGUCUUCUGACUCAAAACUUCCAUUUAUCUCAGUUUCUGGAUGCACGACUUCGAUGAUUUGUGCAUCUGGAUAUAGUUUACUUUUAUUUGACGACACUGGUUUAGGGAAAGUGUUCGACACCCUUUCUACCAGUGGACAAUGUAUUGCAAAAACUAACAAAUGGAAGGUUGACACUGGUUCUCGGGUACGACUGACAACUUUCAAUCAGAUGUAUGGAAUCUGUGUAGUUAAUGAUUCUGAAACUCCUCCAGGUGUUUCAACAUCAACAACUAUACCAACUACUACUACAGUCGAUACUAAUUGUACUCCUUCAUCAUUUAGUACUUUGGCAUUCGCAUAUUCUAACGAUUAUGAUGCGGAAGAUUUUUCCGAAUAUUGGAACGAUGAGCAUACGACUCAAAUGCCGAGCGAUCUUGAAUUGUCAUGGAUAAAGUUUGCAAAUAUUAGAUUUGACACUGUUAACGAAGAUAGUAUACAGUAUCAUAACACUUGGGAUGAACUGGACUUAUCUAUUAAAGAUCGUCUUCCUGAUCCAUCAUUAGGUUUCAAUUCAUCCGUAACUGGAAGUGAUAUUCUGAAAAUUAUUGAGAAAUUCGCCGACAAUACGCAAGCACCUGUGUGCCGAGCAAAAAUGAUGAUUUUCGUGAAACGGUAUCCAGAUGAAGUAGAUAUCGAUCGCUUAGUUGGAAAACUCCGUGAACAUCAUAUAGCGCUUCAAAUUUAUGUAACCGAUACUCCAAAAGGAGGCAGUCAUUCGGAAACUUUAUAUAAUCUUGCCAGUAGAACAAACGGGAUGUGUAUUUUUUAUGAAGAAGCCAGAAAAGCAGGCUAUGGCGGUACAAGAUCUUCAAAGCUGUUCUAUGCGGCAAAUCCAAAAGUUUCCGGUCGCGGAUCAGUUCAACUUCCGAUUCCGCAGGUACCAAUAUAUGGAUACGAUUUGUAUUUAGUAGUUGAAGAUGGACCGCUGAAAUAUUUCGAAAAUAUGACAAUUUCUUGGAAUUAUACUAGCUCAUCCCAACCAGUUUCUAAUUUAAUUAACAAAACGACUAUCGAUGCUUAUUAUUAUAAUAGUAACCUUGGAGUGAUAUUCAUGAGUGUGCAUGAUACAAUCAGUAGUAUAACAAUGCACUAUAGCUACUCGGAUAAGAAAGUUCGUACUGUCCAACUUAGGUUGUACAGUUUGUCUGGAGUGCCGUUAUCUUGGCCGACUUAUGAAGACUAA